AUGAGUCCUGCCAAAGACGAUGCAUCCAUCAAGAAUGGAUUUGCCCAAGACAUUGAUGACUUUGGACAUUCGCAGGGCCAGUUGUCUCCGUCAGAUGAUCGCAGGAUUCUCCGACAGAUCGACAUGAAUUUGCUGCCUGUUAUGGCAGUCUCAUAUCUAUUUCAAUUCUUGGAUAAGUCCGCACUCGGCUUUACGGCAAUUCUUUCUCUCAGAAAAGACCUGCACGUUACGGGAUUAGAAUACUCUUGGGCCAACAGCAUCUAUUACUUCGGCUAUUUGGUUGCAUCUUAUCCGAUGGGAUGGCUUUUAGUUCGUCUUCCUGUUGGCAGGUUGAUCGCGGGUUCUAUAUUCGUCUGGGGUGCAAUCUUGAUGUUGACUUCCACUUGCUCUAAUUCUGGCGGUCUUCUAGCAAAUCGAUUCUUCCUCGGAGCCUCAGAGAGUGCAAUCGGCCCGGGUUUGACUGUCAUAGUCGCCAUGUGGUAUAAGCGAUCCGAACAACCGCUUCGUCAUGGAGCAUGGUAUCUAGGAAACACAACCGCGGGAGUGUUUGGUGGUCUCGUCGGAUAUGGCGUUGGUCAUAUUAAUACUAUUGCGCCAUGGAAGGCUGUAUUCCUCAUCUUCGGAGCGUGCACCGUUAUAUGGUCCGCUGUUGUGUACUUCUUCCUUCCCGACACGCCUUCCAACGCUCGAUUCCUGAAUGAGGAAGAUCGGGUCAAGGCAAUCGAGCGUGUCAGGGAGAACAUGACCGGCAUUAAGAGUGAUGAGUGGAAAUGGAAGCAAUCUUUUGAAGCUUUCCUCGACAUCAAAGUUUGGCUUCUCUUCAUCAUUCAGAUCACGUCACAGAUCGCUAAUGGUGGUAUUCAUGGUUUUGGAUCAAUAAUCAUCAAAGGCUUUGGCUUCACUACGCUCAACACCCUUCUCGUACAGAUCAUCGCCUAUGUCUUCCAGUUCGUUUUCGUCGCGAUUUGCACAGUGGGAAGUACCUAUCUGAAGAAUUCACGAACAUACUUCAUGGCCUGGAAUCUCGCCAUCGCCCUUACUGGUGCGGCAAUGAUUCGGGAGGUCCAUAAAGAACUCAUCUGGGCGCGAUUCAUGGGAUACUGUCUUGCGAUAGGAUACUCUGCGAACUUUCCCAUGAUUUUGAGCAUGUCCAGUGGUAAUGUUGCGGGGUUCACCAAGAAGACUACCGUCAAUGCUAUGAUCUUCAUCGCGUACUGCGCCGGAAAUAUCAUCGGCCCUCAGCUUUUCAUCGAGACUGAAGCACCUGGCUACUCAACUGGAUUCCUUUCCAUGUUGAUUUGCUUCGGUAUCGGUAUUGUUGCCUGCUUCAUUUUGAGAUUCUACCUCGUCUGGGAAAACAAACGACGGGACGGACAGGCAUCUGAUGGUAUGGCUGAAGAGGACAUGGAUGCCGGUAUGUUGGACAGAACCGACAAGGAAAUCAAGAGUUUCCGCUAUGUGUACUAG